CUCUGCGUGUCAGCCGUGGAAGGAGAGAAGGGCGGCGAGGAGGCGGAGGAGCCGAAGGAGGCUGGAGAGACGGACGGAGGCGCUGAGGAGGACUGGGAGAUCCCUUACAGCGACGAGGAGAUGGAGGACCCCGGCAGCUGGAUGCCUCCGCCCGACGAGAUCAAGCGGCUCUACGAGAUCCUGUCCCGAGGAGAAGCCCUGGAGCUGAAGUGGGAGCCGCUCCCUCGCCGACCUCCGACCCCGCCUCGCACGCCCUCGCCCGAGAGAGACGGAGACGCCUCGCAGGACGCCCAGGAGGAGGACAACCAGCGCAAGGCUCUGACUCCGACCGAGUUUGACUUCGACGAGGAGCAGAGCCUGACGACCCCGAGGAGCUCGUUUCUGAGUCGACGCAGGACUCCAGGCUCGUCCGGCCGCUCCACGGUCAAGCGCGAGGCCCGUCUGGACAAGGUGCUGUCGGACAUGAAGCGGCACCGGAAGAUCGAGCAGCAGAUCCUGCGCACGGGUCGCGACCUCUUCAAGAGCGAGAAAGCUCGGCCGGCGGGCGUCCCGGAGAAGCCCCUGUCACCCAACAGCCAGCGUGAGCGAGAGAAGGAGCGCGAGCGGGACAGUGACCCCAGCACCGUCUUCAGUCCUCGUCAGAGGAGAUACUGACUCUAGAUACUGACUUUCAGGUGUUUUUAUGUGAAUAAAUAAGAGUAUUGUGUA